AAGAGGUAACGGGUUCCAUACGCAACCUGGGAGUCAAGCAUGAACAUGCGGGUACGGCAGUUGCAGACUACUGUGCGGAGUAGCACGUGGCCUUUAAUGCGGAUACCUGGCCUGUCCUCCGUACCUACCAUGGCCAUGUACUGCCAUGUUUAAAACCCAACUUGAGAAACCACUGAAAUUUGAUUCUUUCUUUGCAUGUCCAAGCUGCAGAGACACCUUCACGGAACAACACAUGCUUUAGAAAGGGGACCAUUGGCGCAACCCAGCUUUUCAUCUACAUGUCACCGUCAGAUGAGAAUGUCAGCGCAAUGCUGGCGUCAUCAGCGUCUGGGACAACGCUGAUGAUUCUCGUUCAAUUGGCAUCUAGGGUCUUCACUUUCACUGCAAACCAGCUAAUUCUGAGGGGUUUACCGCCGGCCAUUCUGGGGAUUGCAUUCCAACUGGAGCUAUACUUCAUCUCAAUACUAUACUUCUCCAGGGAAAGUAUCAGAGUGGCUAUUCAAAGACAGCCAUUGCAAUUCAAGUCUAUUGCCAUAUUUGAUCACAAGGAUGACACUGAUGCGGCUUUCAAAAAGGCCAACGAUGAAUCGGAAGUCCGUACCAUAGCGUCACAGUCAGCAGUGAACAUGUCCUACUUGAGCCUCAUGUUGGGGUUUCUGUUUGCCAUGGCAUUUGCUGCUUCUUAUAUACAAUUUGCACCAAGUGAGGUCUCUCAAUUGCCCUUUUAUCACGCGAGUGUGGUGAUAGCCACCGCUGCAUCUCUUAUGGAACUCUCUGCCGAGCCCUUCUUCACUGUAGUGCAGCAAUAUAUGCUACACAGAAAGCGUGCAGUCGUCGAAAUGAGUGCAGCAUUUGUAAAAAGCCUCGCAACUUGCCUUGCUUAUACCUGGGCUGCCCGGACUGGCCACGUUGUUGGUGUACUUCCAUUCUCUCUUGGUUAUCUCUGCUAUUCAUCCACCCUCAUUUGCGGCUAUAUGUUGGCCCUGCGAGGGGUUUCGGAUAAGUGGAAAUUUUCUAUGUUUCUCACCAAGAUCACAUCAAGAAAUGGGUCAGAGUACCUACUUGAAAGGUUUCCAUGGCCGAUGGUCACGCUGUCCACGAAUGUAUUUUUUCAGUCUGUGAUAAAACACAUUCUCACACAAGGUGACUCAAUGAUGCUGGCAGCAAUGACGAGCUUAGAAGACCAGGGCAUAUAUGCACUGGCCUCUAAUUAUGGCGGCCUGGUGGCUCGAGUAUUGUUCCAGCCGAUUGAAGAAAGUAGUCGGACACUCUUUUCGUCACUGCUGAACUCUGGAGGAACUGGAAAAUUGAGUAUCAAGAACGUCAAUGCCGCUAAGUCCCAUUUAACGGAAGUUCUUCGCGCAUACAGCCUGAUUGCUUUGGUGGGGUUUCCCCUGGGUCCAGCUUUGGUACCUCAGGUACUGCACGUGUUAGGUGGGCGCAGCUGGGCUUCGCCCCGCGUCAGCAGCCUGCUCUCGCUUUAUUGUUAUUACCUACCAUUUUUGGCUUUCAAUGGCAUAAGUGAAGCAUUCGUCUCUUCGGCAGCUAACACAGCCGAACUUCGCAACCAAGCGGUAUGGAUGGGAGUAUUUUCAGCAUGCUUCGCAUCAGCGGCCUACUUAUUCUUGAAGGUCGGCGGUCUGGGCGCCCAUGGGAUGGUGUAUGCCAAUAUUGUCAAUAUGGCAGUUCGUAUCCUCUGGAGCUUCUCUUUUAUUCGGUCUUUUUUAUCUCGGCACAAGAGUGGCGUGGCUCUUGCUGAGGUUACCCCACGACCACUCACUUGCAUUGCCGGUGUCAUAAUGUGCAUGAUCCUUACUACAAGACAGUCAUAUGCUUCCGUAAACAUUGGAGAUGCGUUGACAUUUGGUGCUGUUUACAUUGUUGUGGUGUUAUAUCUCGAGCGAAGGUACUUGAUGAUGUAUUACACAAAAGCCCGCGAAAUGGUGAAAUCAAAAGCAAACAAAACCUCCAAACCAAAAGGCGAAUGAUGCCAUGAUCAAUCGUCAAAAACAAUCUUCGUGGAUGUUUUGUUGGUAUCGACGUCCUUGAAAAAAGCACCGUAUGCGUCAUGUUGCUUCUUCUUUACUGUUGCUCCAAACUUGAGAAGAUCUUCUGGCACUUCCUGCUUCGCCGCUUUUAGAAC